UAAAUACCUUAAACAUCCAAUGGCCAUGGGAUUCAAAAUCUCACUCUUACCCUCAACAGGUGCACAUUUCUUUGGCCGGAGACAAGCACAUGAGAAUUACAUGGAUAACUGAAGACAAACAUUCAUCUUCAUUUGUAGAAUAUGGAACAUUACCUGGUAGAUAUGAUUCAAUGGCUGAAGGAGAAUGCACCUCUUAUAAUUAUCUGUUAUAUAGCUCAGGAAAGAUACACCAUACUGUAAUUGGACCUUUGGAACAUGACACCGUGUACUUUUACCGAUGUGGUGGACAAGGUCCUGAGUUUCAGCUCAAAACUCCUCCGGCUCAAUAUCCAAUUACUUUUGCAGUGGCAGGGGAUUUGGGUCAAACUGGUUGGACUAAAUCAACAUUAGAUCACAUUGAUCAAUGUAAAUAUGAUGUUUACCUUCUUCCGGGUGACCUUUCAUAUGCUGAUUGUAUGCAACAUCUUUGGGACUCGUUUGGUAGACUAGUGGAGCCACUCGCUAGUGCGAGGCCGUGGAUGGUAACAGAAGGAAAUCAUGAAGAGGAGAAUAUACUAUUUUUGACGGAUGAAUUUGUAUCGUAUAAUUCUAGAUGGAAAAUGCCGUUUGAGGAAAGUGGAUCAACUUCAAAUCUGUAUUAUUCUUUUGAAGUUGCAGGUGUUCAUGUUAUCAUGCUAGGGUCUUAUGCAGAUUAUGAUGAGUCCUCAGAACAAUACACAUGGCUAAUGUCAGAUCUGUCAAAGGUGGACAGGACAAGGACACCUUGGCUGCUUGUGUUAUUUCAUGUGCCAUGGUAUAAUAGUAACAAAGCUCAUCAAGGUGCAGGGGAUGAUAUGAUGGCAGUCAUGGAACCAUUGCUUUAUGCUGCUAGUGUUGAUUUAGUUAUUGCUGGUCAUGUUCAUGCUUAUGAACGUUCGAAACGUGUGUAUAAUGGAAGAUUGGAUCGUUGUGGUGCUGUUCAUAUAACUAUUGGUGAUGGGGGAAACAGAGAAGGCUUAGCUCAUAGGUACAUAAAUCCACAGCCAAAUUGGUCAGAAUUCCGCGAAGCCAGUUUUGGUCAUGGCGAGCUUAAGAUUGUAAACUCAACUCACGCCUUCUGGAGUUGGCAUAGGAACGAUUACGACGAGUCAGUUAAAGCUGAUGACAUCUGGAUAACCUCGUUGGUCGGCUCAGGAUGUGUUGAUCAUAAGAGACAUGAGCUCAGGAGUAUGCUUAUGACACCCUAAAAAUCUCGUGUCUAGUAUAAUCAUUACGUUUCCAGCGGCUUGAUUAUGCUAGGCUUCUGUGGUAAGAAAGAGCUAGUAAACUGAAGUAUUUCAGUACAUAAAUGCUGGUUGUGUUUGUAUAUAUUAAUACUCCAAGGACCUUGGAAUUGUCUGUAAAUGGAGUGUAACUGUGUAAAGCUAGUAGGCUCUUUGCAUUAGACGUUAAUGUUUGUAUUGUCUACACUUGUAAGAUUGGUUUCUAGAUAGAAAAAGUGGAAAACUAAAACUCUGGCUGCUUAGGAACCUUUAACUAGUGACUGCGUCUAUUUAAUAUUCUUGACAGAAA